AUGAAAAACGACAUCAGGAAUGCGCUGGAGGCAGAGAGGGAGAAGGAGCAGGGGAAUAUUUUCUUUUCCCAAGGGGACUAUGAGCUGUCCAUAUUCCACUACACCAGAAGCAUAAAAUAUAUGCCAAGGUGCUCUAUCCUUUACACGAACCGCUCCGUGGCUUAUUUCAAGAUCGGGUCGUUUCAGAAGAGCCUCGAAGAUGCCCUCAAGGCCAACGAGCUGGACAAAGAUAACCUAAAAAGCUAUUACCGUAUUUGCGAAGCAUACAAUGCGCUGAAGGACGAGGACAAUUAUAAGAAGUAUGAACGACUGUACAGGGAGAAGCAGAAUAGCCUGAGGGGACACAAGAAGAAGGACAACGGAGAGACAACUGAUUCGCGGGAUAAACGAGUAGAUAAUGACUCCUCCACGAGGGUGGGUCCACUUCCGAAGGAAACUGGCCCAGGAAUGACAAAACAAAGGGGAAUAAAAAAAAGCGAUGAGUUAGUGCACCUUGGUGAAACGGACCACACCAACAAAUUUGUCUUUAUGAAUCAACCCGAGAUAAAAGACCAAGUAUCUAAUUUUACAUUUGAAAAAAAAAAGUACAGAAAUAAUUUCCUCAUAGAAGAAGUGUACGACUUUGACAUGAACAGGACAGGGAAAAAUCUCACCAAUGGAAGCGUUCCAACAAGGAAAGCAGACGACACUUCAAAUAACGCUGCUCGCGUCAAUGGGGAAUCUCAGAAGAAGCCUCUACUGACCCAAGCCGACAUGCUCAGCGAUAUUGAACUCUUUCUGAACCUCUUUGCAGACAUAUCAGUACAGCCCACGCAUAUCAUUUCUGUUCCCAUUGAAAGAGAAAUGAAAAAAGGAAAAAUGUACCAUUACCAUAAUGUGGAUUUGAACACAUUAAAAGGGAAGGCGGACGAGCUUUUCGCGGAGAAGAAAUUCGACGUUGCCAUGGACCUGUACAACGAGAUCAUUAGCGAGCAUGACAGCGAACGAGGCGUGUACUACUGCACAGUGCUCAGCAACAGAAGCGCCUGCUACGUCGAAAUGAAGAAAAUUCGGAGUGCCCUCUGCGAUGUGAGCAAAACGCUAAGUAUCCUUUUCUCAUUUUUUCAAACACAUAGAGAAAAUAUAAAACACGCCAAGGAGGCAGAAGCCCCCUCACCCGGUGCACAUGAACAAGUGGAAGCAUUUCUUCCAACAGACAUGGAGGUUUAUAAAGACGCCAAGGGAAUCUACUCACAGGCACACAAACUGGUACUAAGGCUACUAUUCAGAUAUGUGAAAUUUUCACACGUGUAUAGAAAAAAUGGGUUCAAGGUUCCUUCCCUUUACCAGGUGGACUCCCUCAGACGCAUGAAGGGAAUAAACUACGUAAACUCUGAAGAGCUCGAGCGGGUGAGAAACAAGAUCUACGCGCAGCUAUAA